GUUCGUAUCUACUGUACUUUAGUGAAAAGACACUGGUUUGGGUUGAAGUCGGUGAAAGAGGACCAAGCUGAAAUGCCACCGCCUUUGCUCUGAACACGAUUAAACCGCUGGAAAUUUACGGAACUCUCCUUGUCGCCUCAGUUCCUGUCAGCACCAGCAGCCAUGUCGUGCCGGAACAUCCACGCCACCAAUGCUUUUGCCUUCAUCGUUGCCUUCGUGUCUGUAGGAGGGCUUGCUGUGUCAGCGAUAAUCCCACAGUGGCGUGUAACAAGGCUCGUCACCUACAAUCGCAACGCCAAGAAUAUCAGCGUAUAUGAUGGGCUGUGGGCUAAAUGUGUGAAACAGGAUGGUUAUUCAGGAUGCUACUACUAUGAUUCAGAGUGGUACUCUAAAGUCGACCAGCUGGAUCUGCGGCUCCUGCAGUUCUGUCUGCCUGCAGGCCUGCUGUUCGGCUCACUAGCUUUGCUACUGUGUAUGGCUGGGAUGUGUAAGACCUGCUGCUGCUCAGACAAGCCUGAACCGGACAUAAAGACUAUCAGAUUCCUGGUUAACAGUGCUGGCUGUCACCUGGUGGCCGGGAUGUUCUUGUUCCUGGGUGGUGCUAUCGCCAUUGCACCUUCAGUGUGGUUCCUCUUCCGCACUAAGGAGCUGAACAUCAGAUAUGACAAUAUUUUCUCUGAUGGGUUUGCCGUAUAUGUAUCAAUAGGCUGCUCUGGAGGAUUGAUGCUGGCUGCACUGCUGAUGUUCAUGUGGUACUGUAUGUGUAAGAAGUUGCCUUCACCGUUCUGGUUGCCCCUGCCCUCCAUGCCAACAUCUCUGUCCAGCCAGCCUCUCACUGCCAACGGAUAUCCUCCUUCCCCAGUGUAUGGCCCUCAGCCCUUCCCACCACAAACCUAUCCUCCCACGGUGAUCGACGCCCAGCCUUAUGUGCCAUCUCAGGCCUACGCACAAAGCGUUGUUGCCCCCGCACCACCGCAGUUGUACAUGUCUCAGAUUUCUGCUCCAGAUGGGUAUGGGUCUGAGGUGGGAGGGACUCAGGCUUACAGCUACGCUCCUUCACAAAGCUACGCUCCCUCACAAAGCUACGCUCCUUCUCAGGGAUACCCAUCCAGCUACGCAGGCCACCGCUACUCCACCCGCUCACGGAUGUCUGCCAUAGAGAUCGACAUUCCCGUGCUGACACAGGGAGAAUAAGAGAAAAGAGGCUGUAAACCUCGGCACAUUGAAGCUUUCUGUCCCCCAGCCUCCAUGAAUUUCUAACCAACAGAGGUUGAUAGAUGGAAGUUAAUAAUAUGAGAGCUAUUUACAGCCUCUAGAGUGAUAGUUUAAAGAAUUCAGUUAGUCAGUCCAGGUCUGUAAAUUGCUGAUUAUAGAAGAUGACAGUCAAAAGACCUCUGGAGGUACUAUAUGAAGGAUGACAUUUUCUUUAAAAAUGAAGAAUACGAAAGCACCCUGGGGCAAACAACACUGUAUUCAGCUUAGUAUUGUAGAAAGGGAAGAAAAUAAAUUUCCAUUUGCAGCAAAAAGUACUGAAGGACACCUCAACUAGCUUUUUUCACUAUUUUACCAGAGUAGGUUCACUACACACUAUACAAUCUGCUCAAGUAUCCAGUGGACCAACCUAUUAGCUACAAGCAAACAGUUACUAGCAUUUGGUAGGUGGCUUUAUGUAAAUUCCUACCCUGACUUAAAAUCAACAAAGCCCAUGUUUGCUGCCAAAAUUACAGCUUGUCUGCAAAAUUGUAUUUUUCUAUAUUUUUUUUAUUUUUUUUUUUAUGUUGGGACGUGUAACACAUCAUGUUCAUAUGAUGAUGUUAUUGUUGUCCACUUUAUAGAGGCCUUCUGUUAACACUACUGAACCAACACUGACUCAUUAACUUUAAAUUCUGUGUCUCCUAAUAGAUAACCACUAACCGAUUCAUCCAUUUGUGUAUUUUGAGUCUUGUCUGUUUUAACAUGAAUAAUGUCACAGUGCCCUGUGGAGAGCAGCUGUUACAAUUUUCAAUGCACUAAUUAUGUGAAUACUGUGACGGUUUACAUUGCCUUUGUUCAGCGAUUUUGUUUAAAUGUAUGACCUCUAACAUAACACUUAUCAUUUAUUGCAGGAAGUAUCCGUCAGCUGAGUUAAAUGUAAUGUAUAGAUGCUGAUUUACACAAAUGAAUUUUUAUUCUGACCUAUAAUGUCAAUGACAGGAAUGAGACUGUUGUUCACUUGCUCAACAUGUCAGAUGAUUAACUGAUUAACUGUAAAAAGUAGUUGGAUCAGAUGAAUUUGUAGGCAAUGUUACAUUUUUCUGUUUUUACCAUUAAACAUCUGCUAGCUCAGCUGGAAGUGUGAUGUUUGUGUUAGCAGUGUUUGUGACUAAGCCAAAAUGUAACUUAGUUAAAUUGCUGUCUUUUGUGUGUUUUGCUUGAGCACUGAUCAACAUUUCUUCAAAGUAUAAUGGGGCCAUUGUGUUAUUAUGCAAUGCAAUGUUUAGGUUCAUAUUGCUGAGCAUUUUUCUAUACUGUCAUCUUUUUAUUUUUAUUAAAAACAUAAA